CCCACUUGUCGUCUGCUCCAUUAUUCUUCUGCCCCACUAUCAAUUUUUAGUAGAAUGAAGCUCAAAAACGAUAACGAUGAGCUGCAAACAAACCUACAAGAAGUGGUGAUCAAUCUUGUAGGAAGUAAAUCAUUUCGAAGACGUCUAUAAUAGCCAGUUCCGUCCGGUGUCUGCUAUUUGCCUUGAGUUACGAUUACAUGUUGACUCAUCCGGAGGUCAAUGCGUUUUCUUUUACGCCUAUCAUCCUACUUCUCGAAUUUCUAUAGGGGAUAUAAGCCGCGCCCUCACUUAAUAUUACAGUCCCUCAUGGUAAAGAGAAAAUCGGAAGUGCUAGGUGACAGCUCCGGGAUUCAACCACUUUCUCGGAUUAGAAAGAUGGCAGCACAACCAGCGACUACUACUAUUGAACUGAGCCCAAAGGAGGCUCAGCUCAAAGACUUGCUUUUAGAUGCCGCCAAAUUCAUAGACGAGUCAGGAACUACCCAAGAUCAGGUCAUUUUACGAUGGGCUGGCGGCUGGGUUCGCGAUAAACUCUUGGGAAUUGAAUCUCAUGAUAUCGAUACGGCUAUCAACGUUAUGACCGGAGAGGCUUUCGCACUGAAGCUAUGCGAGCUAUGUCAGCAGCCUGAUAUUGUCAAGAAGCAUGGUAUUGAGGAAUCGGAUAUUGGCAACCUCUAUAAGAUUGCGCGGAAUCCAGAAAAAUCUAAACACCUUGAGACGACGACAAUUAAGCUCUUCGGAUAUGACGUCGAUUUCGUGAAUCUCCGUAAAGAGACUUACACCGAGGACAGCCGGAAUCCCCAGAUGGAAUUUGGCACCGCUGAAGAAGAUGCACUACGAAGAGAUGCUACUGUUAACGCUCUUUUCUACAAUCUUAACACUGGCAAGGUGGAGGACUUCACGACUGGACUGGCCGAUAUGAAAUCGCGGCUGAUAAGAACACCGCUAGAGCCAUUCCAGACCUUUAUGGAUGAUCCUCUCCGCGUCCUCAGACUAGUUAGAUUCGCCAGCCGCCUAGAGUUUACUAUCGACCCGGCUGCCGAGAAGGUAAUGGGCGACCCUCGAGUCCUUGACGCCUUACGUCUAAAGAUCAGCCGUGAAAGAGUUGGUAUUGAGCUUCAGAAAAUGCUUACAGGUAACCAUCCUCGCAGGUCUUUAGAAUACAUCAAUAAUCUCGGACUUUACCACACCAUUUUCACAGACCCGUCUAAGCCGGAUAUUCCAAUUCCAGAUAUCUCCAAUUGGAGGUCAGUAUAUGAAUGUCUUGACUCGCUCCGCCGGAACAAGACCCCUGGCUCUAUUUACGACGUCCUUGUACGGUCAGAUGAAGCCGCCUAUUAUGCCUGGGUCCUAGCGGCCAUCUGCCCCUGGGAGAAUGUCGAAACCCCCAAGCAUUCUGGCAAGGGCAAAGCGCCACCACCCUUGGUAACUCUAGCGGCUCGAGAAGGUAUCAAGGCACCCAAUAAGCUCUGCGAUCUUGCAACUGCUGCUCAUAAUAACAGAACGGAAAUCAUGUCUCUCGUGACAGCUGUUUCGGAUAAGGCACCCUUCAUCGCGGAAAGAGACAGGUUCGGAAUGGCAAUCCGGCAUUGGGAUUCAAGAGCUGGCCACUGGAGGCUACAGGUUUUGUAUGCUUUCCUAGUUGAGGUUAUGAAUGUUUUAGGCACAAAGUCAAAAGACACAGUCAGCACGGAUGAAUUCCUACGCAAAUGGCAAGCGUUCCUGGAUCAUCUACAAGAACUAGACGUUAUGGAGGCUCCGUCGCUAAAACGGAUAAUCGAUGGCACUCAACUUACCAAAGCGUUGGGUCUCAAACCCGGCAAAUGGUUGGCUCAAGCCCUGGAGGUCUGUGUUGCCUGGCAGCUGCGUCAUCCAGAAGCCACCGAUCCGGCGGGUGCUAUAGAGGAGGUCCAAAGUAAAAGAGCCGAGCUAGGAAUCCCGGAAAAUUAGAAAAACGAGUAAGAACUACGUAAUGAUACCCACGGGCUUAUGAAUAUAUUUAAUUAUUCUAUCAAUAGGUAUCUAUGGCUUAGGUAUUUGAUGGUCCUGCCUUUCUCGUAACAUAAGCCAUCAUAAACUAACGUUACUUGACACCAAGGUAAGUUCUAGAUGCAUGGAACUAUAAACACUAUGGGUUUUUGUAAUCGAUUCGUAAACAUUGCAUGUCAAUAUCAAUAUCACCUACUGAUAUCUAGGUAAUAGUUCCUCAAUUAAGUGAAUGAGUACCUAAAAUAUACACA